GGGCCUGGAUCUGCGGGGGGAGGAAGGGGUCCCGCGAAUAGAAUAGCGAAUAUCUGAAUCUUGCUCCCAGACUCGCUGGGGGUUGGGCAGGCCCUGCCCUCUGACCUAGUUAGAGGCUCAGCCAGGGCGGGCUCUUCCGACGAGAGGAAGCGCCCUGCCAGGGUCCCUGAGGUCUGGAGGCCCCGGAGGGAGAGAGCGGGGUCCCUCGGGCGGGGUGGGGUUGGGGCUGCCUGUUUCCUGCUGGAGGGGCCCUGUGAGGGGCUGGGGGAGCCCUCCUCUUGCCCAGCCGGGCCUGUCUCCCUGUCUCAUCCCCACCCCCUGGGCACCCCUUCUGCCCAAGAGCCUGAGAAGUGGGCUGCUCUGAGGGCAACAUCCCGGGGCCUCUGACGCUGGGGAGACUGGGCAGGGAGAGACCCCGCGUGGGGAAGCCAUGCUCACGCGGGAGCCAGCAGCCCCUGUCUCCCAGGCCCUCCUCCUGCUCCUGCUGGGCGCCCAGGGCCGGGGUGGCACCCCCAGCCCCAGGUGUGACUGUGCCCCCGACUUUCGGAAGAGGACGGAUCCGCUCUGCUGCAGAGGCUGCCCGGCAGGGCAAUACCUAGUGGCCCGCUGCACAGAGCCCUGUGGCAACGCCACCUGCAUCCCGUGCGCCCAGGGCACCUUCCUGGCCCGGGAGCACCACCACGAGACCAGCUGCACCCGCUGCCAGGCCUGCGAUGAGCAGGCCUCCCAGGUGGCCCUGGAGAACUGCUCAGCAGUGGCCGACACCAGGUGUGGCUGCCCGCCAGGCUGGUUUGUGGAGUGCCUGGUCCCACACUGCAUCGGCAGCUCGCCCUUCCUCUGCCACCCGUGCCUAGACUGCGGGGCCCUGCACCGCCACACGCGGGUGCCCUGUUCCAGCAGAGACACCGAAUGUGGCGCCUGCCUGCCUGGCUUCUAUGAACAUGGCAACAGCUGUGUGUCCUGCCCCACCAGGAGCACCCUCUGGAGCUGUCCUGAGCCCUGCGCGGCUGCCUGCGGCUGGAGGCAGAGUAGGUGGCAUGCUGGGGACACAGCAGGAGAGCUGGGAAGGGCCGAGGGGAGCCUGGGGGUGGCUACCACCCAGCACCCACCAAGUGCUCCCUCAGUGUUCUGGGUCCAGGUGCUCCUGGCGGGCCUGGUGGUUCCACUCAUGCUUGGUGCCACCCUAACCUACACAUACCGCCGCUGCCAGCCCUGCAAGCCCAUGGUUCCUGCAGAUGGAGCCGGGAUGGAGGCCCUGACCACCCUGCCGACCACCCACCUCUUGCCCCCUGAGAGUGCCCACCUCCUUGUGGUGCCACCCAGCGGCAGUGAGAAAGUCUGCCCCGGCCAGUUGGUAGGCCACAGCUGGACCCCUGGCUGCCCCCAGACCCAGGAAACGCCUGGCGCGGAGGUGCCGUGGUCCUGGGACCAGCUGCGCAGCGGAGCUCUGGGCCCGCCGCCGCCGCUCUCGCCAGCGCCCCCUGCAGGCUCGGCGGCCGCCACGCUGCAGCUGGGCCCGCAGUUCUACGACGUGAUGGACGCGGUGCCCGCGCGGCGCUGGAAGGAGUUCGUGCGGACUCUGGGGCUGCGCGAGGCCGAGAUCGAGGCCGUGGAGGUGGAGGUGGGCCGCUUCCGCGACCAGCAGUACGAGAUGCUCAAGCGCUGGCGCCAGCAGCAGCCCGCGGGCCUGGGCGCCAUCUACGCAGCCCUGGAGCGCAUGGGGCUGGACGGCUGCGCCGAGGACCUGCGCAGCCGCCUGCAGCGCGGCCCGUGACGCGGGGCCCGCCCGCCAGCCGGGGGCCCCGAGGGCCCUUGCAGAAGCCCUAAGUACUGUUACUUACGCGUGUAGACAUUUUAUGUCACUUAUUAUGUGCGCCUCUGGCACGGCCCUGCGUAGCAGCGCCAGCCGGCCCCGCCCGCCCCCUGGGGGCUGCUGAGGGCAGAGGCGCGGCGGGGAGCACGGGGAGGGGUUAGGAAAUGGCUCGGCUGGCGCUCAGCCUGAGUGGGCCGGGGCUGUGGUAUUAAAUCGAUUAAGAAAAGCUGCCGAUUGGUGUCUCCACGGGCUGGGGCUGGGGCUGGGGUAUGCAGUGGCCCAGGCUUGGUUUCCUGAGGCGUCGGAAGGGCCGGAAGGCUUGCCAGCCAGCGACUGGGACGCACGGUGGGAACCAGGGUGGCCCUCAGCGCCCCAGCCUGGCCCUCCCGCUCCGCUGUGGCGGCUGCCCCG